UAAGGAAAGAGCUUGAGCAGACACCAUUGAAGCUUAUGAACAUCAUCAACUUCCCUGGAAUCAUCAUCAAGAAGAUCUCAUCAAGAAUGUUGGAUUCAUUAGUUGAUUCCUUGUUUCAGUUUGAUGAUCAACCUUUGCUCCCUUCUCAGAAGAACUUUGUUCCAGUUGAAGAAAUUGGAGGACCCGUUGAAGUUUCUUGUGAUGAAGGGAGAAUUCCUAUAGAUUUUCCAGAAGGGGUAUACAUAAGAAAUGGUUCUAAUCCUCUCUUUGGAGGAUUAAAGUCCACCAAAUCAUUUCUUGGAAGAUCAAGCCAUAUUUGGGUGGAAGGAGAAGGAAUGCUUCAUGCCAUAUAUUUUCGCAAGGACCCCAUUAAUGGAGAUUGGACAGUCUCUUACAAGAACAAGUAUGUCGAAACCAAGACAUUCAAACAAGAAACAGAAAGGAACAGACCUGGUUUCCUUCCAGCUGUUGAAGGAGAUUCUCCUUCUGUCCUGGCAAGUCAUUUCCUCAAUCUGUUGAGAUUUGGUAUGAUCAAUAAACUUCUGAGCAACACAAACAUAUUUGAACACUCUGGAAAACUAUAUGCCGUCUCAGAGAAUCACUUGCCUCAAGAGAUCGAUGUUUUAACUCUGCAAACACGCGGUGAAUGGGAUGUCAAUGGAGCUUGGAUGCGGCCUUUUACCAGUCAUCCCAAAAAAGCUCCAGGAAGUGGGGAAUUGGUCAUAAUGGGAGUAGAAGCAAUCAAACCAUUUUUUGAAGUUGGAGUUAUCUCUGCUGAUGGGGAUAGAAUGGUGCAUAAGGUGGAUCUUAAGCUAAGCAGAUCUCCAUUGAUUCAUGAGAUAGGGAUUACCCAGAAGUACAACAUUAUCAUGGAUUACCCACUUUUGUUGAGCAUUAAAAGGCUAAUGAAUGGAGGACCGUUGAUGAAGUAUGACAAUGAAGGGUAUGCAAGAAUCGGGGUGAUGCCACGAUAUGGCGAUGCAGAUUCUGUAAAGUGGUUUGAUGUUAAGACACAAUGUACUUUACAUAUAAUCAACUGUUUUGAAGAUGGUAAUAAGGUUGUAGUUAGAGGAUGCAGGGCUGAAACAGCAGUGCUUCCGGGGCCUGAAAGAGGAGAAAGAAAGCAUGAAUGGUUCUCAAGGGGAUUCAAAAACAUGGAAUUGUUGAAUGGGGGAGAAAAAGUGGACGAUUCUUCACAAAUGGAUGGAAUGUUCUUCACUCGAGCAUAUGAAUGGAGAUUAAAUAUGGAAACUGGAGGAGUUGAGGAGAGGUAUCUGUCUGGAACUGACUUCUCAAUUGACUUCCCCAUGGUAAAUCCAAGAUUUACUGGUCUUAAACAUAAAUAUGCUUAUGCCCAAGUCAUUGAUUCCCUAGCAAGCUCUAUUUCUGGUAAUAUGAAGUAUGGAGGUUUAGCUAAAUUGCACUUUGAAGAAGCAAAUAAUAAUAAUAAUGGGUUAAUAAAGAUGGAGAUUCUCAAAUUUGGAGAAGGCACCUUCUGCAGUGGAAGUACAUUUAUUAGUAAAGGAGGAGGUGAUCAUAUUGAUGAAGAUGAUGGAUGGAUUGUCUGUUUUGUUCAUAACGAAUUGACAGAUUUGUCCCAAGUUCACAUAUAUGAUGCACAAAACAUGGAUUCAGAGCCUAUUUCAAGAAUCGCAUUGCCCCAGAGGGUGCCUUAUGGCUUCCAUGGAGCUUUCUUCUCUAUCCCAAAUUAA